AUGUCCGACUUUUCGGAUUGGUACAAUGGGAUUCCCCAGAUCACACGUUACUGGUUCACAGCGGCCACAGUGGUUCCGCUACUGGGCAGAAUCGGCCUUCUGCCGGCGCAUCUGAUGUAUUUGGACUGGACUUUAUUCUGGGAACACUUUCAGGUAAGUGUUACUUUUUUUUGUAUUAUUUCUUAGAUCUGGCGACCUGUCACAGCCUUCAUAUAUUACCCAAUAACGCCUCAGACCGGAUUUCAUUGGUUGUUAACGAUAUACUUCUUGUACACGUACUCAAAGAGUAUCGAGACGAGUUUAUUCAGUCAGAGGCCUGCUGACUAUGUUUUCAUGUUGUUCUUCAGCUGGGUUUGUUCUGUGGUAAGUGAUUUUUGAUUAGACGUCAUUUAAGCAUAUUAGCUUUGAGUUUAAGAACUAAACCAUAGUUUUGUUACCUAAAUUAAUUUGUUGCUUUUAGAUGAUUGGGUUUGGUUUUGGAAUGUACUUUUUGUUAGAGCCAAUGGUACUGAGUGUGUUGUAUAACUGGUGUCAGUUCAACAAAGAUGCUAUUGUGUCUUUUUGGUUUGGAACCAAGUUUAAGGCUGUUUACCUUCCGUGGGUAUUGGUCGCUUUCAACAUGAUCUUGAGGUAUGUUGUUUUAGGCAUUUUAGAAGGUGUUAGUACUUUAGUCUUUCAAAAACAGAUUACCUCAAUUGAAGGUAUGGUAGAACUAACAUUACUUGUUUUAGAGGCGGUGGACUGAACGAGAUCGCCGGUAUUAUCAUUGGCCAUGCUUACUACUUCUUGGCAGUACAAUAUCCAGCUGAACGAGGCACAGCGCCAUUGAUUAGUACACCACAGUUCCUAUACCGAUGGUUCCCAAAUGUACAGGGUGGAAUGGGAGGCUUUGGACAGCCAGCUAGCCGACCAGCAGCUGCCAACAACCAGCAAGCUCCAGCAGCAGCACGACGUCAAGGUGCCUUCUGGGGUCAAGGUCAAGCUGUCGGCAACUAA